AUGGAGAUCUUCCUUUUCCUUGUAGGUUAUUUUGUCCAGUUCGCGGCGUCAUGCAUCCUGCUUUACAAGAUUUGGAAGCACAAGUCCAUCUACGGAUUAAGCAUUGACACUCAGGCCUCGUACAUGCUGGCUGUUGUGGCACGUUGCAUCUGGUCGAUGGAGACAAGAUUGGUGGAGACAAAGUUUGCUUACUUAGAGCUUUCGCUGUCCACAGCAGUGGCUGUGGGUCUUAGUUUCAUGUGCUACCAGCUGCAGCACACUGCGCCCAAGCAGUCCACUCCGUUUUUGAGAGCGUACGCGACGGCUCCAGCAGCUUUGGUCCUUGCCUUCUUCUUUCACCCCGGGGACGAAUGGCUGACCAUGCAGAUCCUGGUCUCGUACACAAUGUUUCAGGAGGCUUUCGGGCUCUUACCGCAAUUGUGGUUGAUGCGGAAAAUGCAUGAGGUAGAGCCGUUGACUUCUCAUUAUGUCGGGCUGAUUGUAGUCGCCCGCUUUAUUCGUAUGUGCUUCUGGGGGAAGAUGUACUUCUUGGGAGAGCACUUCUUACAGCUCUUCUUUGCAGAUGUCCUCCACACGCUGCUCUCUGCCGAUUACAUGUAUUUGUGGUGCAGGAAAUUGCAGUACGGAGGCCGCCUCAUCUACAGCCAAAGUGCAGUCUGA